AGAGACCAAUCAUUCUCCUUUUGUAGAUGAUACUUUACGCAUGUGACAUUUCCAUACGUUAUUUCAAGUAUAAGUGUCUUUGCAAUUCUUAUAAUCGACAUCUCCUGAAGAGCAAUUCCAUGAGGUCGCAUCAUGGCCAUGACCGUGGCCGGGAGUGGCGGAUCAGCCCACGCGUUAAACAGUCAGUGACUUUGUCAAAUCACAUGUGUUAAUCUAAGAUCAUACUCAGCUCUGUGAUAUCUUUAUCAUUAAAGGGGCUUCACAUUCUGUCGUUGCUCAAUGGACUCAGAAAACAUACGAAUAUCUUACGCCUGUCCUCCCUGUCAAUUCAUGUUGGUGCUCCAUCGCCUGUUCAUUCCUCUAGACACAGGGCAAGCCUUGCGAAGCCUCUUGUGGCUCAUACCACUGAAACGUCACCAACAGGUCAUAUGUCUGCUGUCAAGGCAGAGUAGCUUCUUACAGCCCGUCUGAAUCUUUAAAUUAACUGAACCGAGACGCAGAUGGAUCACGCCAGCUCAGCUCAGCCGUUAUUUUGUAGAUUCCCUUUCCCUGGGCAUGGCAUCGCAUGAAGCAGUUCGGUUACAAAUCCGCGUAUUAAAUCCGGGGCAAACACGAACCCCUGGCUGAUCUUGUCAGGCGUUGAAGAUCCUAGGUGCUCUCGGACUCCGGGUGCUGAGCCUGCUUUCGGCUGCUUGGGACUUGGGAAAAUACUCGGUAUGGGACAUGCAAUGCUGGUAAUCGGCAGUACAUGUAUUUUCCAUGACGCGUGAGAUGCAGCUCAGCAUUGCCGUCCGCGGUGUAAUUCUAUUGGGCUAGAGCUGGCCUAUUAUAUUGCAUUGUCGCCCGCGGAUCAAAGUUCGCUUCCACCACUCGUCAGCGGAUAGCCAGCUUGGUGGUCAGCUCAGGUAGUUUUCGCUACUCUCCUAGCCAGGGGAUCACUCAAAAUACCUACAAUCCUUCCUUGCUUACAACUACACCAAAAAGUUUUUGUUUAUCUUAGCUUAGUAGCUUCUCGCUAAUAAGCCCACAUGACUAAGAUCUAUGCUCUAAUUUAGCAUAUUCCUCUUGUCAUUUUAACUAUUCAUCCAAAACGUGAUAUGAACCGAGAGACCGAUUUGGUGUUUUCGAGGCCCACUCUAUGAAUUUUAUUGGUUCACAGGAACCGGCCACGGAAAAAUUUUACGGCGUUCUUCAGUGAGCUUUUUCAGUUUGCGUGCCGCUAAUGUACUCGAGCCCCCACUACCCCGCCACUGGCUCUAGAUUUUUAUUAUCAUCAGGCUCUGUUUCUCCCUUUGGCUUUGCUCCUCUUUGCCAGUCUCAUCAGCUUCAUUUUCUCUUCUUCUCCAUCCCAUCCCAUCCUCAAAGGUCUAAUCGACUUCAACCGUCAAAAUGCUUAUCUACAAGGAUAUCCUCACUGGUGACGAGCUCAUCUCCGACUCCUACGAUCUCAAGGAGGUCGAUGGCAUCGUCUACGAGGCCGACUGUGCCAUGAUCGAGGAGGGCGGUCUUAACGUCGAUAUCGGUGCCAACGCUUCCGCCGAGGAGGCUGCCGAAGAUGUCGAUGACCAGGUCGUCAAGGUCAACAACAUCGUCAGCUCUUUCCGUCUCCAGGAGACCUCUUUCGACAAGAAGAGCUACCUCACCUACCUCAAGGGUUACAUGAAGGCUGUCAAGGCUGCUCUCCAGGAGAAGGGUGCUCCCGCCGAGGAGAUCACUGCCUUCGAGAAGGGUGCCCAGAACUAUGUCAAGAACGUCGUCCUUGCCAAGUUCAAGGACUUCGAGUUCCUUACUGGCGAGUCCAUGAACCCCGACGGAAUGGUUGUCCUCCUCAACUACCGUGAGGAUGGUGUCACCCCCUACAUCACCGUCUGGAAGCACGGUCUUACCGAGAUGAAGGUCUAAGGUGGAGGUAGUGACGUGGUGAUGUUUUUGGUCUGCCUUGUUUGUGACGACAGACGGACGAGCAGUUAUUUAGAUUACGAGCCACACGAAUCUCGUUCUCGGCACUUGGUAUAUCCCCGAGAUAUUGCGAUGAGAUGAACAAAAAAGAAAGAAGUCAUGAGUUCCAACCAAUUUGUAUUUUUGACCCUUUUGUGCAGUGAUGAAAGCGAUUCUCCGUGCAAAGAAAGCAAGAAAAAAACUCCCCAAGAAGCGCGCCUGGCAAUGCUGUGCGUCUAAUACGGAUUCUCGUAACUUAGAAUUGUGGCCUAGUUGCCAUAGGAAUGGGAGGUGGUUCAUCGUUGGAGGGAGCAGCUGAAGCACCCAUAAGAGCUGGCUUCUUCUUUGGCGGAGGUGGAGGAGGCUUCUUCUUUCCAACAACGCUGGCCAAUCCGGGCGAUCCUGGUGCAGAGGGAGUAUCUUCGUUUUGAGUUUGUGGUUGGUUGCCUUGGAACCUAGAAUAUGAAUUCUGCGCCUUGUCAAGAAGUCCAUACUUUUGAUUCAGGUUAUUUGCUGUUUUGGCUCCAGCAGCAACUUGUUCGCCAUGACGUUGGCGGAAGUUGUUAGCUGUACUGGCAGCAGCUCGGGCAUCGGAGAGAGAGACCGAAGAAGGAUCCUUUUGGAAUGACGAGGCAGUCUUGAGGGCGGCUUGCUUCUGAGCCCAUGUGGUACCUUCGCUAGGUGGCGGAGGUGCUGCUGCGUUAGCGCUAGACGAUGUUCCAAGCUUCGAGAAUCGGUUCUGCAGUUCGCUCAUGUGUGACGCUGCAGGUGCUGGAGGUGGUGAAGCGACACCAGGUCGUGGAGGUUGAGUUGGACUAGGUGAUGCUUCGGCUGCCGGGCUGGAACGACCAAUACCAAAGCCAGGAACUGAUAUCCCUGCUGCACCAAGACGAUUGACUGCUCCUUGAUUCAAUAGACCGUUGCCUGUAGGCGCAGGACUAGCAGCGGGAGAGCUCGCAACUGUGCUUCCAGAAUUGGUCCUUGGGGGAAGUCGUGGUGGUAAGCUCGGAGGUGCAGCUCUUCCUCCUCCUCCUACACCCGCCAUAGCCGAUUGAU